UAACAUGAAUCCAGCCCGUCUUUGCUGUUAGCGGACUCGGCCGCUGAAACAGCGCUAAACGCACAGCGCUGGGAAAGCCGCACAGCAGCCAGCAACUCGCCACAACAACCCCCCGGCCACGGCGCCCAGGGCCCGAUCUUCCGGCGGCUCGUCCAGCAUGCGGCCCAGAAACUGUGCCGACCCGGAUGCGAGCCCCGGCCACUACAUCUGGCUCCCUAGUCAGCGCUGGCUAAUCGCGAGUCGAGCCGUCAAAAUCGAUUCCACGUUCCAUCCUUCUGCCUCGUGCAAACCCUUGGAACCCUUGGAACCCUUGGAAGCAGCGCCAUUGAUCCUUUCACCAACAACCACCAGCAUCGCAUCAGCACUGGCCCGAUCGCUGGUUCGUUCCGGACGCUGCUUGACUCGCACGCGCAGCACGACAAGGCCGGAAACGAGGCCGCAGAACGCAUGGCCACCCCCCUGUCUCGAGACUCGACGCUCUACCCCUCUUGCUGGCUGCAUCUCUCUGCUUGCUUGUUCUUUGCCGGCCUCUCUCAGUCUCAGUCUUAGACUCAGUUUCUAGUCUCGCCAGUCCUAGUCACAGUCACUGCAAUCAGUGUUGGAUCCAUUGAUUCCAUACCACACUGUCAACUAACCGGCAGAUACACCAAAGCAUUCA